CCUACGUACAAUUUCGUGAUUACUUAAUCCUUGGUAACAGCACGUAACCGGCUGUUUUACUUCCUUGCAGGAGUUCUUCAACGCAGCCAAAAACGCUCUCCUCUCCGGGUCAUUUCUUAUCAAACAGCGACAACAUCAUUAAACAGUCAGGAUGUCUGCCUAUGACCAGAAUGAUUCCAAGUUGAUGCGGAAAGUGAAGGAGAAUCCAUUUGUUCCAGUUGGAAUUGCAGGAUUCUUUGCCAUCGUUGGCUACAGACUGAUGAAGAUGAAGAGUCGCGGAGACACAAAGAUGUCGGUGCACCUUAUCCACAUGCGUGUAGCUGCGCAAGGCUUUGUGGUUGGAGCCAUGACAGUUGGUGUCCUUUAUAAAAUGUACAAUGAUUACAUCGUAAAACCCCGAGAAGAACAGAAAGCGGCGCAAGACAAGUGAACCCAGCCUCUUCCACACUUGCUUUAUGUCCCUCAUACUAAUGUAUUAUCUACACCAGAGGUCUCAAACUUGUGGCCCCCCAAUCAAUUCCCCGCGGCCCGCCACUUAAUGUCAAGUUAUGAGUUAUUUCUGUAUGAAAGAAGGACUUAUUUUCACUCACUGACCAGCUACCGACCAAGCUAGACAGUCAGUGGCCCCCAGGUCAUUUGAGUUUGAGACCUCUGAUCUACACAGAUGUAUCAUAUUAUUUGAACAGGCACAAAUCUUUUUAGCAGCUCACCUCUUCUGUACAUGGCUGUAAUGUAUUGAUCAUACUUCCACCAUAGGGUCUAGCUGGUGUACCACUGAUCCCAGCCACUGGACUCUCUGUGUGCCUGUGGUUAUAAACCCUGCUGGUUUGAUGUUCUGACAUGACUCGACUCGAGUUUUGUUGUCCCUUUUUAAAUGAUCAAUGGUAAGUCAGUGGAAGAUAAAAUGCACGAUGUGUAGCAUAUUUAAAAACCGUGACCAACCUGGUCAUUUAGUUUCAACCACCAUCAUGGCCACCGUAUAUUCUUGUAUAUAUUAUAGCCCCUUUUUAUUUAUUUAUUUAUUUUUAAAAAAGGGCCUCUGAAUAUAAGCAAGGAAUACUUUGACAACUCUGGACUUACAGCUAGACCUGAGCUCUCAGAACACCAGAGAUACCAUUCUUUAAAAAAAAAAAAAAAAUUAAAUAAUGAUAUGGAAAUGAAAAUAAAAUAAAAGAAAACAGCUUAAAAAGGGCCUCAUUUCUUUAUUAGACCAUAUGAGCAUAUUGUACAAUUACACUGGGCUUCAUUUAAAAGAUAUUCCAAUUGUUAUCAUCAUGCUGUGAUUUACAGGGAUCCAGAAUUUCACAAGCCCUCAACUGACCUCUAAACCUACAGACAGGUGUGCAUAAAAACAACUGUGUUACCUGCUUCAUGACGUAUAUGCCUUAAUUUAUAAACACAAAGCCAAGCUUUGGAUGUUUUGUGCAAAUGCAGAGCAGGGUAUUUUAGAAUAUUUUUUGUUUUGUUUUGUUUUUCAUUUGGAAAUAAAAAGUGACAAGUA